ACCCAAACUACCUUGCUUCUUAUUUUCUUUAUUUUCUUGCCACUUCAACAGCUCUUUGUGAGAUGGCAAACCCAAAUUACCAUUUCUUUGGCGACCAGUGCGUUACCAUGACAUUUUUUGCAGUUUUGUUUUUAAUAGCUCAGACUGGAGCUGGUGAUGAAGCUGGUUCACUGAUCCUGGAAGGGAAGAAGAAGUUGAUAGUUGGUGUUCCUAAGAAAUGCGGCUUAAUAGAUUUCGUGGACUUAAGACUGGAUUCCAGAAAUAAGAAUCUGGUGGAGAAGGCUCAGGGCUAUUCCAUUGAGGUUUUCAAUGCUACAAUAGCCCUCCUUCAGAAUAUUUCCGUCAAGUAUAUGGCCUUCGCAAACGAAGAUGGAAGUUGUGUUGAGGAUUACAACGCACUCCUCGAACAGAUCUCCAAAGGAAAGUACGGUGCUGUGGUGGGAGAUGUGACAAUUGUGGCAAAUCGUUCCAAUUAUGUCGAUUUUACUUUACCCUAUACACAAUCUGAUGUGAAGAUCCUUGUUAAGGUUCGACAUGAUCCACGGUUAGAUAUGUGGAUUUUUGUACGACCUUUUAGUUGGGAUCUGUGGUUGUCGAUCGCCGUCGUCUGUGUUUUCAUAGGAGGUAUCAUACUAUUCAUGGAACGGAAUGUUAAGCAAGAUUCAGGACAUGAAAAUUCGCCGUUGAAAAAGCAACUUAGUGGCGUUUCUAUUCUAUGGUUUCCCAUAGUCCAAGCAAUUCUUCCGGAAAAGGAAUCAUUGGCCAAGAAUUGCUCUAGGUUUGUACUCGUGCUAUGGUUAAUAUUAGCAUUUGUGCUAAUGCAAAGUUACACGGCAUGCUUAUCAUCAAUCUUGACAGUACAUCAGCUGCAACCUCGUUACCCUAAUGAGUACGACGUUCUUAAUGACCCCAACAUUAACAUUGGGUACCAGGGUGGCUCAUUCAUUAAAGGCUUGUUGCUUGAGAGAUUAAAAGUUCCCAAGUCAAGGGUGAAGAACUGUUCAACUAUUGAACAAUACAAGGAGGCCUUAGAUAAAGGAAGCCGUGAAGAUGGUGUAGAUGCUAUUUUUGACGAAGUUCCCUACAUUAAGGUGUUCCUCAAAAAAUAUGGUUCUAACUAUGCCAUGAUUGAAACUAGGCACCGCACUGAUGGAUUUGCUUUUGCAUUCCCCCUAGGCUCCACCUUAACUUCACACUUUUCCAGAGCCAUAUUGAAUAUGCGCGAGAGUCCAAAAAUGGAUGAGAUUGAGCAUAAAUAUUUUGGCAGCAGUAACGACGAUGAAGGCCAAAGCCGAUCCAAUCCGUCGUUAGAUGAUGAUGCAAGUCCAAGCAGCCUCACUACUUAUAGCUUUGCAGGUUUGUUCAUGCUAAUCGGAGUUUUUUCGCUGUUAGCUUUGAUAGUCUCUGAAAAUCGCAUUUGGCGAAAACCUAUCAUGGGAGCAAAAAUGUACAUCCAACCACUCUUGAGUCGGAGGUUUACAAGAACUAAUCCAUUAGAGGAAGGUUCUACAAGAAGAAGAAAUAAUAUUAUUGAUGGGGUGGAAGAAAAUAUUGGAUCAGACGACAGAGCAAAUAACCAGGAAAACUCUCUAUGACAUCUAUACAUGUGUGGAUGCUUAACAAAAUAAUGGCCUAUGUAAAGUAUAUAAUGAUGGCACAUCAUCUCCAUUUAUAGUUUAGAGUUUAUGGGCAAGUAGUCAAUUAAUUAAGUUGUAAUCAUGCCCAUGAAAACCAUGUAUAGUUUUUUUCUCCCUUUUGUUUGAGUUUUUCUCCAGACUUAGGUUUGAGUUAUUCAUCAACUUACUUUUUUUAAAUUAAAAUUAAUUAUAUAUGGUGUA